AAGGAGCCGAAGGACGCAGGGCGCAGAGGCUGUCAUCGAUCGACUCUUCGCGAUUCGGCAAAAAACCCAAACACCUAUUCUUCGACUUCUUCGCUAUUCGCCAGUCGGUGCUCCGUUCGGCCUUCUCCCAUCCGACUGUCGGCGCACGACGGAAAGGCUGUCGGCUUAGCCUCUAGCUCAGUAGCCUCUGGCGCUUAUCACUCUCGCCUCUUAUCUCUCUUGAGCUCGACUCCUCCAGUGCUCUGCAAGCCAUUUUCGCUCCUCGUCACCUGGCCGCCUCGCAGGAUUGUGUGACUCGGUUUUCAACUUCAUCCAUUUGGAACGCCGGAAUGGCAAUCAGGAACAUAACAUGUUGAUCUAGCCAGAGUUCAGUUUCCUUUGUUUUUCUAUUGAUCAAUGGAGGAAGACAAUCCUUUGGAUGCAGCUUGUAGUACCUUAACCGGUGAUCAUUCAGAUGUGGCCAUCCAACGCAAACAUGUGGCAAUGCUAGAACACCUCUCCAAUCUCCAUCAGUCACGGCUGGCACGCAAGCCUAGUUCAGAAUCCUACUCAUCUUCAGGUUCCACACAAUCUUUCCUCUCUCAUUUCUCUGAAUCAAAGCAAUCUAUUGAGUCUGAACUAUCUCGGAUCUGCAAAUCCCAAGACCCCCAAAAUGUCAAACCUGAACUGGAAAAUGUCUCUAUCUCAAUUGCUAACCUGGAAAAGGAAGUUGCGGAGAGCUCAUACUUUCUUCCCUCCUAUGAUGUCCGUUCAUGCCUCAAAACAAUAUCUGACCUCAAGCAAACCCUAGAACAGGUUAGCUCUUCUGUCCUACCUAAGAAGAAGUUCUCAUUUCGAAACAAAACCACUAAUAGAUGUGCAGCAUCAUCAAAUGGCUUGGUUCCAGAAGCACCAUCUGAAAACAACAGCAUUGAAAACGUGAUAGCUCCAAAAUUAGGGUUUAGGGCUUUAGACUCGCCUGGCUUUCAGGACAAGGAAAAUGAUGCAUUGACAAUGGAUUUUAGAAAAGCUGGGGCGGAGAAGAUUGGGGAGUUCAUGCUCUCAGAUCUAAGAGGUUGUGAAGUUCGAUUGCUGGGGUGUGUAAGGGCAUUGUUUGUGCAUAAGCUGGCUAAUUGUAAGGUUUAUGUUGGGCCAGUGACUGCAUCAGUUUUGAUUGAGGAAGUAAAAAAUUGCAUCUUUGUAUUGGCUUCUCAUCAGAUUAGAAUUCAUCAUGCAAUCAAUUGUGAUUUCUAUCUUCGGGUGAGGAGUAGGCCUAUAAUUGAGGAUUGUACUGGGGUGAGAGUUGCACCAUACUGCUUAAUGUAUGAUGGGAUUGAGCUGGAUCUUGAAAAGGCAAAUCUUGCUGAAGAGUCUGGGAAUUGGGCUAAUGUUGAUGAUUUUCGGUGGUUGAGGGCAGCACACUCUCCAAAUUGGUCAGUUUUGCCUGAAAAAGAUAGAAUUGAAGAAGUCAUGGAAAUUUCAAAACCAGAGUAUUGAGGGUUUCAUUCACAAUUUUUUCUUAUCAUUCAGCCAAGAUUGGUGCGUAUCAAGAAUAUUGAUUUUUAAGAAGUCAUUCGUAUAUAUCCCUUUAUUGAUUUUUAAGAAGUCAUUCUUAUUCCCGUAUAUAUCCCUUCAUUCGUAUGUGAGUUGUGUAUCAUUACGUGCCUG